AUGAAGCAUCAAUCUCACAACAAUUUCCAUCGUUCAAUAGAAGGUAAAUCUCUUAUGGUGCAAUUUGGUCAAGCAGGGUUGAAACCUUCUCAAAUUAAAAAGGCUGUUAAUACAAUGAAAACCUCAAAUGUAGCUGAUGUAACUUCAAAGCAAUGUGUUGAUGUCUUAUUUGAGCAUCGAAAACAACAUAGAGGAAAGGAGUUCUAUGGACUUAUAAAACAUUUUCAAGAUAAAACGUUAGUUGACAGUGACCAAUAUUUUGCCGUGGAUUUGUUUGAUGAUGGGUAUCCUAGAAAUAUCUUUUGGGUUGAUGGUAGAUCAAGAGAUGCCUAUACAAAAUUCAAAGAUGUUGUUGUGUUUGAUGUCACUUAUAUGACUAACAAAUUCAAGAUGUCUUUUGCUCAUUUUACUAGGGCGAAUCAUCAUGGACAAUCUAUACUUUUUGGUGGAGCAUUGCUUGAAAACGAAAAGGAAUAG